AUGGCCUCUAUUCGCGUUCUUUCCUUCGAUGCUGAGGGCCGUCCCGUGCAGUUCACUUCCUGGCUCGAUGACCUGCAGUUGUAUCUUAUGAGCAAUAGCACGGACCACAUCUCCCUCUAUGACUACGCGUCUGGUGCUGCCGCUGCUCCUGCUGCCACAGCCGAGCUUAGUGUACGUUCACAGUGGCAGACUCGUGACGCUGCAGCUCGCCUGGCUAUUCGCAGUCACCUGCCGUUAGCUGAGCUAGAGCACUUUGGCGACUGCAAAACCGCUAAGGCCCUAUAUGACGCUGUCGUUGCUCGCUACUCCUCACCUGCCACAGCCGAGCUUAGCCGUCUCAUGCUGCCUUACCUGUUCCCUGACCUGUCCACCUUUGCUACAGUCGCCGAUCUUAUCACCCACCUUCGCACUAGUGAUGCUCGCCUGCGUGCCGCCCUUCCCACCGAGUUCUGCGCUAAGAACCCCCCUCCCCUGUACUGGACACUCCACUUCAUAGUCACCCGUCUCCCUGACACCCUCAGCUCAGUGCGCGACUAUUUCCUUGCUCGCUGUCCCACUGAGCUCACUGUCGCCCUCCUAGAGGAGAAGCUGCUAGCAGCCGAGAAGAGCAUUGUGGCUGUUGGUGCUGCUCGCGGCGCUCCUCGCACCCCCAUCUUUGAGGGGUGCUCUCCCUCUCCCCUCGCUCCCUCCUAUGCUACUGCUGCUGCUGUUGACUUCCUUGGUGCUGAGUCUGCUGGCGCUGCUUCUGCUCCUGGUGGGAGGCGCCGCACCGGCAAGGGCAAGGGGGGCAAGGGUGGCGGGGGUGGCGCUGGGGGGGGAGGGGGUGGGGGAGGUGGGGGGGGAGGCGGUGCUGGAGGGAGCGGUGGCGGGAGUGCCGGUGGGAGUGGGGCCGGCGGCGGAGGCGGGGGCGGCGGCGGGAGCAGUGGCGGUGGUGGCAGCGGCGGCGGUGGCGGCGGUGGCGGUAGUGGCGGUGGCGGUGGCGGUGGUGGCGGUCGGAGCGGAGGUAGUGGCGGCGGUGGAGGUCGGAGUGGAGGCACCGGCUCGGGCCAGAGCUCCCAGCAGCAGCAGCGUCCCCAGACGACUCAUCAGCUUCGUGAGUGGCUUGCUCAGCGUGGGACGUCGGGGGGCAGUGGCCGCUGUUCCUAUGUCAUUCGCACAGGUGACCGCAAGGGACAGACGUGUGGAAAGUUCCACACUCAGUACCGCUGCUUCUUCCGCCUUGACGACGCUUGGCGUGAGGAGAUGGGCGAGGAUGUUGAGCGCCCUCGCUGGGCUGAGCUGAUGAGGGCUGGUGUUGAUAUCUUUGCUCUUGACUAUGAUGCUAUUAUUGCUGCCAUGUAUGCAUUGACUGUUAGUGCCGAGGGAGACUGUUACUUGUGUGUGCCGCCUGACCCAGGUAUAGAGCCCGCUGCCCUAGGUGCUAGUGAGUCUGCUCUCUCUGGUAUGGUGCCCCCUGUACCUGCUCCCUCCAGUGCUGUCCCGGCUGUUUGCGAGUCUGCUCUCUCAGGUACAGCACCCACAGAGACUGCUCUCUCAGUCCUUGCCCAGUCCACCACUGUGCUCCCUUGUCCGGCGGUUCCGUCUGGCUCGUUGACGGGUUUCCACCUCCCCUCGUUCUCGACGAACCUGCGCGCCGCUCCUCACUCCUCCUCGUUCCCCCCGACAGAGGCUCCUCUGCAGACCCUCCACCUGGACGUGUGGGGCCCAGCCCGCGUUCGUGGUCAGGGCGGUGAGCGGUACUUUUUGCUGGUUGUCGACGACUACUCGCGUUACACCACGGUCUUCCCCUUGCGCACCAAGGGUGAGGUCCCUGCUGUUCUGAUCCCUUGGAUCCGCACGGUUCGUCUCCAGCUCCGCCGCCGUUUCCGGACGGAUCUUCCUGUCCUGCGUCUGCACUCUGACAGAGGUGGUGAGUUUUCCUCCGAUCUCUUGAGGACCUUCUGUCAGGCGGAGGGCAUCGAGCAGACCUUCACGCUUCCGGACUCCCCGCAGCAGAAUGGGGUUGCUGAGCGCCGCAUUGGCCUGGUCAUGGAGGUCGCUCGUACCUCCUUGGUCCACGCGGCGGCUCCCCAUUUUCUGUGGCCGUUUGCUGUCUGGUACGCCGCGCAUCAGCUCAACCUCUGGCCCCGUGUCUCCUUGCCGGAGACCUCGCCCACACUGCGUUGGACGGGGGAGGUUGGCGAUGCGUCGCGCUUCCGGGUGUGGGGUGCUCGUGCCCUUGUCCGCGAUACUUUUACCACCCCACCUCGCGCCGGGUCUUCGCCUCUCAGGAUGUCACCUUUGACGAGUCGGUCCCUUUUUACCGUCUCUUCCCCUACCGCACUGCCCCCCUCCCUCCCCCACCGCUUUUCCUUGCUCCUGGCCCCCCUCCGGUAG